AUGGAGGAGAGAGGCGCAAAUGAGCAGCAGCGGUCGCCGCCGAUUCCGGCGGAGUUCAUGGGAACAUGCACCGGCAACUUGCUUCAGGCGACGUUGAUUAUGUUGGCGUGGCUUGGCGUUCCUCACUCUAUCGUUGUCAUCGUCUUUGCUUCAUUCAUCUUCCUUUCCUUCAUCAACGCCAUGAUGGUAAUUGGAUUGUUGUUCCUAUUGAUUUUCAUUCCGAUUGAUCAAAACAGUAAAUGGGGCAUUAGAAUAGCCAGAUUGUUCUUCUUCCUCCCAGUUUUUGGUUAUGAACCACAUUCAAUUUGGCCAGUUGGAAUUGUUAUGCUUUGUGCCCUUACUGGUUUCAUGCCUCUACCCAAAAUCAAAGGUCUCUGUAGCAGUGCUGUGUUUAAUACAACAGUGAUGAGGCAUAUAUGGACUUGGUUGGGAAUGUCAGCUGCAACAAAGCAAAACUUCAAGUCCCUGCUGUCAUCUGGGCAUAGCUGCAUCAUUGUGCCUGGUGGAACUCAGGAAACAUUUUAUAUGGAGCAUGAUUGUGAGACUCUGUUCCUGAAAUCAAGAAAAGGAUUUGUGCGGAUUUCUAUGGAGAUGGGCACUCCACUGGUUCCAGUUUUCUGCUUUGGCCAGUCCAAUGUGUACAAGUGGUGGAAACCAAGCAGCAAACUUUACUUGAAAUUUUCUCGAGCUAUUAAGUUCACGCCAACUCUCUUCUGGGGUUACAUGGGGUCUUUUAUACCGUUUCAACAUCCAAUUCAUGUUGUGGUUGGUAGACCAAUAGAAGUAGAGAAGAACACACAACCCACUGCACAAGAGCUUGAAGCACUACACAGUCGGUUUAUAGAAGCCCUGCAACAACUCUUUGAAAAGCACAAAAUGAGGCUUGGUUAUACUCAUCUCAACUUGAAAAUUCUUUAAGGCAUCCCUUAUCAGCCCCCAGUUUGUCAGAUUUCAAGAGCAGCAGGCUAGGGAUGAAGAUGACAAGCCCAGAAUGCUAUAAUGGCAGACCUGCUAGGAUAUAAGGCAAUCAUUAUU